AUGGCACUGGCCUUGGCCACGCAAGAGGUGAUUUGGCUUCGGUAUCUGGUUGAAGAGUUUGGACUCCCAUCAUCUGGUGCAACAAAGAUCAUGAUGGAUAGCAAGUCGGCAAUUAACAUAGCGACGAACUUGGGUUACACGCAUCGCACGAAACACAUUAAUCUGCGUGCUCAUUUCGUGAAUGAUCAUGUGAAGAGCGUUAGCUUAAGUCUCACAUGCGUAUCGCCCGAAAAACAAUUCGCGGACUUCUUGACCAAGGCGGUUCCGCACCGCGCUUUACGCAUCUAA